GAGAAUGAAACGCUGCUGUAGAUAAUAAUGAUCGCUUCAAUUGAAAGCACACUGGAUGCUAUAAUUCACAAACGGACGAUAGGAACCAAAUAGACACAGAUUUUGUUAAAUAGUAAAGGAACAUUUAUUGGAAAAGUAGACUGCUGGCGAGCCGUUACGUGCCACCCAACAAAGGCAUGCUGUAGCCCCAGAGACAGUUGUCACAAUGAAGAGCCCCACUUCCUUUUGGGCCUUCUCACUGGGAUUCUUGGUGGGGGCCCUCAGCUUCUAUUUGUUCCUGCACCAGCUGUGGUUGGAAAAGAGCUACCCGGUGCUGUCUGAGGGACAAGAUAAAGACAUGGUGGUACAUCUGACACCCACCAGCUGGAGGAGGAAAGAAGGCACGCUCAUAAACCGGACCCCGAUUUACCAUGAAGAUGAAGACAGUUGGGUGGCAGACCAAUUGUACCAGAAGGUCAGAGUUCUCUGCUGGGUUAUGACGGAGACACAUAACCUGCGAACCCGGGCCCACCACGUCAGGGCCACCUGGGCUCGGCACUGCAAUGCAGUGGUUUUCAUGAGCUCUGUAAAAGACCCUGAUUUGCCCGCUGUUGGCCUGGACACAAAUGAGGGCCGCGACCAGCUCUACUGGAAGACCAUCCGCGCCUUCCAUUAUAUCUAUGAGCACCAUGUAGACCAAGCAGACUGGUUCUUGAAAGCGGAUGAUGACACCUUCGUGGUGGUGGACAACCUGCGAUGGAUUCUGUCCAACCACACCCCUGAAGAGCCCAUCUAUUUUGGCAAACGAUUUAAGCCCUUUUCCAAACAGGGUUACAUGAGUGGAGGCGCAGGGUACGUGCUUAGUAAAGAGGCCCUCAGAAGAUUCGUGGAGGGCUUCAGGACUAAGGUUUGCACGCACACUAGCCCUGUAGAAGACGUCGCUCUUGGCCAGUGUUUGGAGAAGAUGGGCGUUCUUGCUGGCGACUCCAGAGAUACUUUCCACCGAGAAACCUUCCACCCGUUUGUGCCUGAGCAUCAUCUCACUGGAAAGUUCUCCAAAACCUUUUGGUAUUGGAACUAUUGCUACUACCCGAUUAUUGAGGGUCCACAAUGCUGCUCCGACCUGGCCGUGUCAUUUCAUUAUGUGCCAGCAGAGCUGAUGUACACCCUUGAGUACUACACCUACCACUUGAGAGCAUAUGGCUACAAGCCACGCUAUCGACCCUCCAUACGCUCACUCUCUCGCACAACAGUGACCGCUGUAGCUCAAUCACUCCGAGGAGGGAUAAAUGGAACACACGUGAACGGGAGCUUUCCUUUGAAUGCCAACCAAACCGCUGCAGAAACGGGGGUAAAGGAACCAAAGUCACUUCUAACAGGAAACAGGACCGCAGCUACACUGCACGGCUUAUGAAUGCUUUUAUUUGGUAUUUGAGCAAAUGCUACUCCGCCUCAUUGAGACAAGUCUGUGGAAACUGGGCUGCAUUUUAAGAUAAUUUUUUUUGACACAAUCUUGUCUCGUAGCUCACCUAGAAAUUGUACACUAGGUUAAAUGUUUAGAGUAGAGGUGUCAAACGUACCAGGUUUUAUCCGGCCCGCGGGAUGAGUUUGCUAAGUAUAAAAAUGAGCCGAAAUGUUUUAAUGAAAGAAACUGCUGUUCUAGAUGUGUCCACUGGAUGUCGCAAUAGCAAUUCUUUGUAUCUUUGUAGAUUAUGCUACAUAUGUAAAAAAAAAACAAAAAAAACACAUGAUGUUAGUCGAGGAAAAUGAGCAAACUACAUAAAUAACAUCCUGUAAUUUGAUUUUGAUUUUCUUUUUUUAUCUUGAGAUUGAUAAUGAGUUGACUGAUGAACAUGAUCACAUCAUUUAUUCAGAAAGUAUAAAUAACGACAAAUAAAAAUAGAGCGCUAUUAACCGCAA